AUGAAGUUCUACUUCAUGUUAGUAGGGUUGUUUCUGCUGUCCCAGUGCGUCCGGGAAAUCUCAGGACAAGCAAAAUCAAUGGAGUCCGUUCCCGAUCUCCAGAAUUCCAUGUACAGGGUCGUCGAUGGCGUCCCUUGCGUUCGCCUACUCAAUCUCUCUGGGGAAAUAGGCUGUGCAAAUCCUGGGAGAGACAAGGUUGUUGCUCCGGUUGUGAGAUAUCAGACUGGUCUUGAUUUGGCUCGUCCGUCUGCUAUUCUGGUUUCACUUGAUCGAAUGGGCGAACUUUUUGAUAGAAUAUCAAAGGAUCCAGGACUUUCCAAGAAUAUUGGUGGUAUUUUAGUUGAAUCUGGGACUGGUAUACCAAAUGAAUUUAAAGGAUUCUCUCCAGAUCGCAAGUUUCCACUGGCUGAAUUUUCCCCUUAUCAGAGCAUCAAUUACGAGUGGAACCCAAUAGGAACUGGUAUUUUGUGGAACACUUAUACUUUUCCAAUCUUCUUACUGACGAACGAUAGCACACCGAUCAUGAAGAAGAUUGCUAAGGAGAAUGAGAAGAAAACCGAAGGUCAUACCUCAAACAUGGCUGAAUUUGAUUUGGUGAUGCAGACGACAAAAUACGGCACACACAACUCAGAGUCUUGUUUGAAGGAGGGGACUUGCCUCCCAUUAGGGGGAUACAGUGUUUGGUCAUCGCUCCCACCAAUCCAUAUAUCAUCGUCAAAGCAAGUGAAGCCCACUAUAUUAACAGUGGCAUCUAUGGAUUCUGGAUCGCUCUUCCGUGAUAAAAACUUGGGUUCAGAAUCUCCUAUUUCUGGGCUGAUUGCAUUGCUUGCAGCAGUUGAUUCGCUUUCUCGUGUGGAUGCUUUAGGAGAACUUAGUAAACAGCUUGUUUUUGCAGUUUUUACUGGAGAAACAUGGGGAUAUCUUGGUAGCAGGCGAUUUUUGCUCGAACUUGAUUUGCAGUCAGAAGCUGUUAGGGGCCUUGAUAGCAAACUGAUUGAGAUGGUCAUUGAAAUCGGAUCAGUUGGAAGGGCCUUCAAUCAAGGGACCGAAACAUUCUUUGCUCAUACCACCGGGGUUUCAUCUGCAACAAAUGCAACUUUGAAUGCCUUGAAACGUGCUGAAGUUUCACUGGGGUCCCAGAAUAUUUCAGUCUCAUUGGCAAGCACAUCUAACCCUGGGAUACCGCCGUCAUCCUCUAUGGCAUUUGUGAAGAAGAACUCAUCAACUUCUGGGUUUGUAUUGGAAGAUUUUGAUGCUGCUUUCAGCAACAAGUUUUACCACAGUCAUCUUGAUGAUCCGUCUAACAUAAACUCAUCAUCCAUAGUGGCGGCUGCAUCUCUUGUCGCCCGCACACUUUACAUCCUUGUAAACGAGAACAAAAAUAUAAGGAGCUCUGUUCUAGAUUCCAUCAGUAUUAAUGCCUCUCUAGUCGAAGAGAUGCUGAGUUGUCUGCUACAGUGUGAUCCUGGUCUGUCUUGUGAGCUGGUGAAGAAGUACAUAACCCCAAGUGCAACUUGUCCUGUUCAUUAUGUCGGCGUGGUCCUUGGGGAGCCUUCCUCAACUCCAUACAUUGGAUACGUUAAUGAUGUCUCCAGGUUCGUAUGGAACUUUCUGGCUGAUAAAUCAUCUGCACUUGAGAAAAAUAGUAGAUCCGCCUGUUCACAGGACUGUAGCAACAAGGGUGAGGUGUGCAUUAAAGCAGAAACAAAAGGCAUCUGUGUUACUUCCACAACCAGGUACGUACCGGCCUAUUCAACCAGAUUGAAGUACGGUUCUGGAGUAUGGACAGUUCUGCCUCCAAAUUCAUCUGAUCCCAUGGCGAAGAUAGACCCUGUUUGGACAGAGAGCAACUGGGACAAUAUUGGCCUGAGGGUUUAUGAAGUUCAAGAAGCUAGUCUCGACAGGCUCAUUUUGCUUGCGGGUAUUGCUGCAACAGUGUUGGCUUACAUUGCCAUUGCAAUCGCAAAAACCUUCAUCACAAAGGCCCUGAAACGAGAUUGA